CUGUGGAGAUCGCGAAAUUGAGUCUCUGUUACUUGAGCCGGUCCUGUCCCCAGACAUUUCACCGUUUUUCUUUAUUAAGAAUUUAUUAUAAAAAUAUCGGAGCAACGAUAGUAACAAUACUAUUUAAGCACUGUCAACUUCAGUUUCAUAAACACACAAAGAAACUAUUACAAUAUUUUCAUUGUUUUCAAGGUCGAAUCAUCUGAACUUACUGACACUCGAGUAAUCAGUGGACCUAGCAUUAACUAAUGUUAACCUUUCAUCACUGUGAAACGAGCUAUGCUAAUAUUUACGAACUAAUUCACCACGGUGUCUUGAAUGUUACUUUUCAAAAUUAUUUAUUUUCACAUAAUUGCUUUUUCAUUUCUCUUUAAUUAUCUUUUCUGUAUUGGAAGACAAAUUGAAUUUCGAGUGACAUAGGCGAGUGCAAAAGAGAGACAGUGAUUGCUCAGAAAGGUACUUAUAUGUACCAGGAAAACUUUGACAGUUCGUGGUUACGGACGGUUUACGUUUCAAUUUACAUACAAAUUUGAAAAAAAGACGGGUAUGGAAAACACCUCGAAUAAGGAAGAACAGAACAAUCAGGAUGAUUCAGAUUCAGAAAUAGACGAGGUAGAGCCCAGGCUCAAGUACGUCAGAAUGCGAAACGAUUUAGAACACAUAUUGCAGAAUGAUGCGGCUAGUUGUAUCGCUGUACAUCCUAAGUUUCUGUGCCUGGGCUCUCAUUGGGGUAUGAUCCAUCUUCUAGACCACCAAGGCAACAAUAUUCAGUCGAAGAGUCUACAGGCCCAUACUGUUGCCGUUAACCAGAUUUCUAUAGAUCAUAAUGGAGAUUUUAUUGCAUCCUGUAGCGACGAUGGAAAAGUAUUCAUAUACGGUCUUUAUAGCACAGAAAAUAAUCAUAACAUGAGUAUGGGUAGAUUGGUAAAAAGUAUUGCCAUAGAUCCGAAUUAUUCUAAAAGCAGUGGUGGAAGAAGGUUUAUUACAGGUGAUGAUAAAUUAGUCUUGUAUGAAAAGACAUUUUUAUCCAGAAUGAAACUUAGUGUAUUAUGUGAAGUAGAAGGUGGAGUAAAGUCAAUCGCAUGGAUUGGACAUUUUGUAGCUUGGGCAUCGGAUAAAGGUGUUAGGAUUUAUGAUUUAAAUGCGAGGUGUUCGUUAGUUCUUAUUAAAUGGACUAGAUCUGCAGAUGCAUUACCGGAACACUAUAGAUGUAAUUUGAGGUGGUCAGAUGAUAGAACAUUAUUAAUUGGUUGGGUUGAUAUAGUAAGGAUUUGUCAGAUCAGAAAAAGAUCGAUACAGGAAAUGGUUAAUAGGAGUUUACCAGAAUAUGUAGUAGAUCCAGUUUCUACAUUCCAAGUAGAUUUUUACAUUUCUGGCAUUGCACCAUUAGAAAAUCAGCUAGUAUUAUUAGGAUGUGUAAAGGAAUUAGAUGAAAAUGGAAAGAGUCAAAGGCCAACGUUACAUGUCAUUGAACCAAAGUAUCAGGACUUCUCUGUUGUCUGUGCUAAUUCUCUUACACUUCGUGGUUAUAAAGAGUACAGCUGUAAUGAUUAUCAUUUAGAUUGUUUACAAGAAGAAAAUAGGUUUUUUAUUGUGAGUCCAAAAGACAUUGUUGUAGCUAGUUUAUAUGAUGCGGAUGACAGAAUUGAAUGGUUAUUAAGUCAUGGGAAAUUUGAGGAAGCAUUAGAAGCAGUGACAAUAAGUAAUGGCAAGGAUUGUAACAAAUAUACCUUAGUUAAUGUUGGUCGCGUAUAUUUAGACCAUCUAUUAGCUUGUGGGAAGUAUGAUGAAGCAGGGAAAUUAUGUUUAAAAGUUUUAGGAAAGGAUAAAACAUUAUGGGAGGAAGAAGUAUAUAAAUUUGCAAGGGUUCACCAACUAAGAUCUAUUUCUUCUUAUCUUCCAAGAGGCGAUGUCACAUUAGAUCCGUUGAUUUAUGAAAUGGUUCUAUAUGAAUAUUUAAAAAUGGAUCCUGAUGGAUUUCUUCAACUAGUCAAAGAAUGGUCCCCUACAUUAUAUAAAGUUGCAGCUGUCGUUAACGGUGUUUUAGAGCAUCUUAUAGUUCAAAAUCAACGACAAAAUGUACUGUUAGAGGCCCUAGCUAUUUUAUACAUUCAUGACAAGAAAUACGAUAAGGCUUUGGCUAUGUAUUUGAAGCUAAGGCAUAAAGAUGUAUUUCACCUUAUUAAAAAGUACAACUUAUAUUAUACUGUCUAUGACAUGAUAGAAGGUUUGAUGGACCUGGAUGUAGAACGAGCUAUACAAUUUUUUUUAGAGAAAGACAGAGUGCCAUCAGAUAUUGUUGUACAGAAACUGCAACAUAAUCAUCGAUAUUUAUACUUGUAUUUAGAUGCGUUAGAUAAGAAGGAUACAAAAGGUAUGAGGGGCAAGUACCAUGGAUUGCUAGUUCGACUCUAUGCAGAUUAUUCUCGAGAUAAAUUAUUACCACUUUUACGACGGUCUGACAAUUACCCGAUACAACAAGCAUUGGAUAUUUGUAGUCAGCGGAAAUUCUAUCCAGAAAUGGUAUAUUUACUUGGUAGAAUUGGAAACACUUCUGAAGCUUUAGCACUCAUGACACGAGAAUUAAACGACAUGGAAAGCGCAAUUGCUUUUUGCCAAGAACACGAUGAUGAGGAAUUGUGGAACGACUUGAUUAAUUAUUCUUUGGAUAAACCUAAGGCCAUUACAUUUCUUCUACAGAAGAUAGGAACUUAUGUAGAUCCUAGAUUAAUGAUACAGAAAAUAGAUCCAAAUUUAGAAAUUCCUGGUUUAAAAAAAGCUUUAGUCAAAAUGAUGUGUGAUUACAAUCUUCAAGUUUCUGUGCAAGAAGGUUGUAAAAAGACAUUAUCUACUGAUUAUUUUAAUUUACACGAAAGGCUGGUUAGAUGUCAUCAGAAAGGGAUAUUUAUUGACGAUGAUCAAAUGUGUGGAGCAUGCCACAGGAAAAUAAUUGUAAGAGAACCAAGGAACUUAGUUGUAUUUUAUUGCAAACAUUUAUUUCAUGAAGAUUGCUUACCAAAUUUCGAAGUAGUGGAGAAUUGUGUCAUAUGUAACUCACAUAAGGAUAUGUCACCUGGUAGAAAAUGAUACAGGCAGUGGAACUUCGACGUAACUGAGCUGGUAACUUUUGUCCCACCGAAGUGACCAUCGACGGACAUCGAAGAUUGCACAUAUACUAAAAAUUCAUGAGUCUGAGGCCCUAUAGACUCAACCAGAAUGCAAUAACCACCUACUGGUUUUAUGUCCUUUGCAAAUUCAUUUUUUGAACAAACCAUUAACGUCUCUCGAAAGCAUAAAGCUGUUCGUUUCCCGUGGUCUGAAGUACAAAAGAAAGGAAGAAAGGAAAUAUUUAAAGAUACAGAAACGCGAUAUCUACUUUGAUAUUGUUCAUCACAACACUCGCAGAAAAUAGACACACUACAUUCCAUAUACAUCUGGUUUCGCCAACGACGAAUAAAUUUGCCAAUGUGUACAUUAUAUAUAUUUUUCUAUGUCGAUUUUUUAUUGCGCACCGUUUCCGUGGAUGUUCGCAUAUUUUUAUUUUUCGCGUAUCUUUAUUCGUUGUUGGGGAAAUUUUUAUUGAAACAAAAUGUCUGAAUGGGGUGUUAAACCGACAUGUUUUUAUUCGAGAACUUCUUAAAGAUUUUUAUUAUCGGUGUAUGAUCGUUGCGUUUUGAAGCGAUUGGUCGUAAGCCCUUAAUUCGCUGUACAUACUUAUGUAUAAAUUCAUGCUUCAAAAUGAAAUUAUUCUGUAGUAUAAAAUGCAGCAGAGAAAAGUAAGCGAUCUGCGAAAUCAUUACUUUGUACAGUAAGGUGCCAUUAUUGUAUAAAAUAAUUAUAGCUCAGUAAUACUUAAGAAAUUCGAUUAGUACUUACAUGGAUCACGUGUAUGUAUUAUCAUUGAUACAUUUAGAAUACUCGAGUUAGGUCUUCGUGUAAAUACGAUUUUCGAAUCGCAAUGCAGAAAAACAAUAAUAUAUAUAUAUAUAUGUAAUUAAUAUAUAAAUUUUUCACGCCGCUUUUGAAAUUGUACGUCGGAUAAUUAUUGAAGCUUUUUCGCGGUGAUUUUUAUAAUUAAAGCUCGUUUGAUCUAGAUAAAUGGAAUUUAAUUUGUUUCUUACGAUUAGAACAGACUUUUAUUUACCAAUUAGAAAUUCAGGAAUCCAUUUCUGAAUAUCAAACAGUUUGCAGGGAAUUUCUUUCCUGUCACGCCACAUUCCAGAUCUUCUUGCAAAUCAAACGUUUUAAAGAAACAAAUCAACAAACAGAAGUUAGUUAGUACAAUUCGCUUUGAAAAAAUGCGCUUGUAUGACUGAAGCGAGAA